UGUCUCACAGAUUGCUUCGGGACCGACCAUGUCAGCAAUGGAUAAGAAGAUUGAUGCCACAGAAAAGGAGGUUCUUGCCGAAAUUGUAAAGUGGACCCAAAAGCAGGGUAUGAAGGGAGCCAAAGGGGGCUGGAAAGAGUUUUUGGAUUUCUAUGAUGAAAGGCUUGGUUCUAGCCUAAGUGAUCCUUCACGAAGGACAGUGGAUACAUUGGCUGCAUUUCUGAAGACAUUUACAAAUGAUGAAGAUUUAAAGUUUUUGGCUAAAGUUAUGCAGUGCCAUUCAAACCGUAAAGCAGUCGUGGAGCUUUCUAAGAGCUCUCCAGACCUUGAGUCCCCUCAACAGAAGCUGGUCUGCCUGACUCUUGAACAUCCACAGUACCCAUUAAAUUAUUCAUUCCCAUUCCAUAGUGAGGAAUGGGUGGUUACAAAGCUUGGUAAAAGUUCAAAAGCCUUGAAGUCCAAUGCAAUGGCUGCUAUUGAUUGUGAGAUGGUUCUUUGUGAAGAUGGUACAGAAGCCGUAGUGAAAGUAUGUGUUGUGGAUCACAAUUUGGAGGUCAAACUUAAUGAACUUGUGAACCCAAAUAAGGCUGUUGCUGAUUAUAGAACUGAUAUUACUGGAAUCUCUGCAAAGGAUUUGUGCGGAAUUAAUUGUUCACUGGCAGAUGUACAGGAAUCAUUGAAGAAGCUACUGUCAGGCGGGACUAUUUUAGUUGGCCACAGUUUGAGUAAUGAUCUACGGGCACUAAAGUUGUAUCAUGCAAGAAUAAUUGACACAUCUUUUAUAUUCAAAAUUCUGGAUGGACCCAGAAAGCCUUCUUUGAAAGAUUUGUGUAAGUCUGUGUUGGGCCAUGAACUUCGAAAGGAGGGUGCUCCACAUAAUUGUCUAGAUGAUGCAUGUGCUGCAAUGAAACUAGUUCUUGCCAAGAUAGAGCAUGGAUUUGAACAUGCUAUAGUGUUUCCCCACAAAGAUGUACCUGAAACUGAACAGGACAAGCUGCUUCUUCACGCAAUACCAGUUGAUGUUCCUAAGGAAGGAUUGCUGAACAUAUUUCCAAAGGAAUUCAAAAUAGAAUUUAAGGCAAAAGAAAAUGCUCGAGGACGAAAAUACUCUGUAUUUGCCAUUUUUAAAAAUCGACAGAAGGCAAAUGAAGCAUUUGAAAGACUUCAAGGAGACGAACAGCAGGAUUCAGGUGGACGGCCCCAGAAACUUGUUACGAUUCAGCUUAGCACAGGACUAACAGCCAAUCUCUAUGUCCGUAAGAUGGUAUGUGCUGGUUCCCCUGACCAAUCUACUUCUUUGGAGAAGAAGUUAGCCAAAGUCGAAGAGCUCAUCAAUAAGUCCAAGAAGCGGAAGACAGAUAUGGUAAUCACAGAGGAACUGGCAGAGCCAAAGACAAACUCAGAUCAGUGUACUAAUCAUGUCAAAGAGAUAAAAAGAUUGAAACAGGAACUGUGCCAGAAGGAUGAUGAAAUUCAGAACAUGCAGAAGAUACUCUCUGCUCUUACAAGGAAACAUGGGCUUUGAAAUUUAUGUGCAUGGAUAGAUUAGAAUACCUUUUUUAUAUUGAUGAUUUUAUCUUU